UUUAAUGAUGAUGCGUCAUAUUUCACUUGCAGGAUUGGAAGUGUAUUAUCUCCAUGCUCUUAGAUGAGAAUCCAUUGAUUGAGCUUACUGAUGAUGAUGCAACAAACUUGGUACGGCUUCUGUGUGCUUCUGUCAAAAAGGCAGUUGGAGAGAGGAUUGUACCUGCUACUGAUAAUCGCAAGCAGUAUUACACUAAAGCUCAAAAAGAAGUAUUUGAAAACAACAGAAGGGAUGUCACUGUUGCCAUGAUGAAGAACUAUCCAUUGCUCUUGCGCAAAUUCAUGGCAGACAAACGGAAAGCACCGUCAUUAGUUGAGAUUAUUUUGCAUACUAACCUUGAGCUUUAUUCCUUGAAGAGGCAGGAGCAGAAUUUUAGAAGUGUCCUUCAGCUUAUAAAAGAGGCUUUUUUUAAGCAUGGUGAGAAGGAGGCACUGAGAUCCUGUGUGAAGGCUAUAAACUUUUGUUCCACUGAGAGUCAAGGGGAGCUGCAGGAUUUUGCCCGUAGUGAAUUAAAAGAACUUGAAGAUGGACUUAUUGCUAAGCUUAAAGCUGCAAUCAAAGAAGUUGUGGAUGGUGGUGAUGAGUAUUCUCUUCUUGUAAAUUUGAAAAGGUUGUAUGAGCUACAAUUGUCAAGGGCUGUGCCAAUUGAGAGUUUAUAUGAAGAAAUUGUCAUGGUCCUCAGUAGUUUUAGAAAUAUGGAAGAUGAGGUUGUCAGUUUUCUUCUUCUGAACAUGUAUUUGCAUUUGGCGUGGUGUCUGCACUCCAUUGUAAAUAGUGAAACUGUGACUGAAGCAUCUUUAUCUUCACUACUAUCUAAACGCAACACGUUUUUUGAGCAACUUGAUUACUUUCUUAACAACUUUUCUGAAGUGGAGGAAAUGAGUAAACAUGGAAAUCAACUAGCUUGCAGGGUUUGUACUAUACUGGCCGAAGCAUGGUUUUUGUUCAGAAAGACGAAUUAUACUUCAACAAAGCUGGAAAGAUUAGGAUAUUGUCCAGAUGCACCUAUUGUUCAAAAGUUCUGGAAACUUUGUGAACAACAGCUCAAUAUUUCAGAUGAGACAGAAGAUGAAGAUGUGAAUAAAGAGUAUAUUGAGGAGACAAAUAGAGAUGCAGUCAUGAUUGCUGCUGCAAAGUUGGUUGCUGGCGAUGCAGUUCCGAAGGAGUAUCUUGGUCCAGAGAUUAUUUCUCAUUUCGUAAUGCAUGGAACAGGUGUGGCAGAGAUUGUUAAGCAUCUGAUCACUGUGCUAAAGAAAAAAGAUGCUGACCUUUCCAAUAUCUUCUUAGAAGCCCUGAAAAGGGCCUACUGUCGGCAUAUUGUAGAACUUUCCAAAAGUGAUGAGGAACCCUUGACUAGCAAGUCUUUUAUAGAAUGUAAAGAUCUUGCUACUCGGCUUUCUGGAACUUUCAUGGGUGCUGCUCGGAACAAGCAUAGGUCAGACAUCUUAAAAAUGGUCAAGGAUGGUAUUGAUUAUGCUUUUGUAGAUGCUCCAAAGCAGUUGUCAUUCUUGGAAGGCGCUGUGCUCCAUUUUGUAUCAAAACUUCCUACACCUGAUGUGCUUGACAUUGUAAAGGAUGUUCAAAAUCGUACGGAGAAUGUAAAUACAGACGAAGAUCCAAGUGGCUGGCGCCCCUAUUACACAUUUGUUGACAGCUUACGUGAGAAGUAUGCAAAGAAUGAAGGUUUGCAAGAUGAGAAAGAAGGGGUAUCUGUCAGGCGCAGGGGUCGUCCUCGUAAGCGGCGUAAUAUAGAGGGAAAGAGACUUUUUGAUGAGCACAAUUCAAGUGAAGACGAGGAUUCUAUCAGUGCUUAUGACCAAGAAGACGCUCAAGAUGAAGAAGAGAAGCAAGAUGAAGAGGAAGAGGAAGAUGCCCCUUUGAUAAAUUCAAUUAGGUCAUCCAAGUUGAGGUCACUGAGGCUUUCAAGAGAGGAAAACAAAGGCCAGACAAGGACAGGAGAUUCAGAAAGAGCUGCAGAUAAUUUAGCUGCAUCAAGAACAUCAGGGGCCUCCAGCUAGUGACUAAAAAAUUGCACGUUUGUAUAUGUAGGACAGCACUACCUUAGGUACAAGUUUGUAGAGAAACAGGUUGUGAAGCAGUACUAUUUUUUCAAUUUUCAGUUUAGAGGAUGUUUAGUAUCCUUAGGCUUUUUUUUUUUUUGGUAAGGGGGGAAGAUGGGGAUGGGAAUUAGCCUUGCCCAGUGAGGAAAUUUGUAACAGUACAAAGAUCCUCUUGUUUAAUGCCAUAUCUUAAUUUGGGUUGCCUCCAUCUACUUCCUUUAAUAA